AUGAACUAUUUAGAUGAAACAACAUCCAUUGGACUGGAUUAUUUGAAAUCUGUUGGAGCAUAUCCGGAUACACAAUUGGUAACCAUGAACGAAAAUCAAUUUACUGGACAAUUUAUUUCGUCAAUCAUUUUAGCACACAUUGAUUUUGAUAAUGAAAAUCAUUGGAUCGAACAAUUUAACAAAGGUUCAAUCGAUAGUUCUUUCUCAUUUGAUUUUCAUCCAGAUACAUUCAAACAAUUGUUUCUAAUUAUUGAACAAUUGAUUGACGACACUAAAUCAGAAAGAAAUCCAACGAUUAAAUUUAUUCUCAUCGUGUGUGUGAGAUUAUUUACAACACAUUUGAAAUUUUUCUGUUCUUUGGAAUCUAAUAUUAACAAAGACCUAUUUUCAAUAAAUGAUGAAUGGAGUAAAUCUUAUUUAUGGGAACGUUUUCAAUCAUCCAAUGAUAUCAAUUUAACUACAUUUGCUACGGACAUUGAAUUGCAUCAAUGGUUUCAAUUAUUCUUCCAAAUAGUUUCUAACCAUGAUGAACAAUUCCAAUCUACAAUAUUAUGUCAAGAAGCAUCACGAGCUUUAAUUUAUCUUCUUGACAAAACAACAUCGUCAUUUAUUGAGAAAUUAUCAUUUAUACAUAAACAUAUUUUCGAGAACAAACAUCCUGUAUUAAUCGAACAAUUAUGGUUCGAAUUGAACAGAAAAGUUACUCUAUUAUCUUGGAUCGAAGUUCUUUGCGAUGAGAAAGAAAAUCAAGCGGAGAAAAGUGUAGCCUUUCACAAAUUACAUUUAUUGAUUGAUAUCUACUUAAAUCCAUCGAAUGAUUUCGAAAAAGAACAAAGACUAAGAAUAAAAGAACUCUUAUUAUCAUUUCAGAAACUUUUAUUAUCUCGAAUGAUUUUACAAUCUUGUAAAAUAGAUGAUAUUCCAUUUAUAAAAUCGAACAUUGAAAUAGAUGAAAUCGUCUUCUCGACUUCUACUGUUACUACUACAACUGGUAUCUCUUCUUUGAUGGUCAAUUAUAUUACCCGUAUAGUAGUUAAUCAUAUUGAAACAGACGAAGUUUUCAAUGAUUUCUUGGAUUCGAUUCUACUCACUUGGUGUUUUCUGGUCAACACUCCGGAGAAAACCAAUUUUGCAGUACUUCAGCCAAUAUUUACUGCUGUUCUACCACAAUUAGCUGAUUAUAUGUUACAAAAUCAUGUUCACGAAGCAAAUGUGAACACUCAUCUUCAUUCUCUGUCAUGGCUCUUGGCUCGGAUGACUCAAUUUUUGAUUGUUGGUUCAUCACGAAACUCAUUGGAAAAGAAAUAUGUCGAUCAAUUGAAUUCAAUAUUGUUUUCUAAUGGAUUAGAACAAAUCCUCGAAAAUAAAACGCGAUAUUUAUCAGAUUUAUUUCAAUCAAAUUUGGCUUUAUACAGUCAAUUUAUAUUCGAUGACUAUCAAGAACAAUCAUCAUUGGACAAUGAAUUUCUCAUGUCUAUAUAUGCUAAUACUGGUCCAGGUGCACAAUUGAUAGACAAAAUGCGACUUCAUAUUAAAGAAAAACAUCGUUUACUUCAAAAAUCCAUUGAAAAAUUAGCUAAUGAUGCUUGUGCUGCUCUAUUUGCUGUCUAUAUAAAACAUUAUCGACGCAUCAAUUUAGCCAAAUUGGAAGCGUCUCGAACGGAUAAUGAGAAACCACACAGUAAACUUUUGACACUUUUUGAAUAUGCAAAUCAUGUUCAAACAUUAUUUGUCACAAUCAAAGGACAAGGUGGUGAUUGUCAAGAAUUAUGUAAUCAUAUUAAAACAAAUGCACUUUUUCUCUUAUUAACUGUCAAAGAAAAUCAUUUAAUACCUAUCAUUCAUGAAGAAUCAAUACAAACAGCAACUGAUGUUACAUUCACAGGCAAUGUACAAGAAAAUAAAGUAUCGAAAUUAAUGCGAGAAAACUCACGAUGGACAACAGCAAAACAUAUUUUUCGAAUACUUCGAAAUACAUUACGAGUUUUCAAUCAAUUGAAAAAAUUGAUAAAAUCAAAAAAAGAACUCAUCCAACAAAAACAAGAUUAUGAAAAUCUUCUUCAUGAAAUAAUUGACAUUUAUGUCUAUGGAAAUAUAUCCAAAGCUUCAAUAUUAGCAACAAUUCAAGAAAAGAAAUCCAUAUCUGAUGAUCUUGUACAAUGUAUGUAUCAACAAUAUGAAAGAGCUAUGACAAGAUUGAUUACAUAUCGAUUUAGUGAAACAUUUAUUCGAAAACUUCUUGAUACUCAAGAUGAAAAUCGAAUUCACACAAUUCUUACUAUCUAUUUGCCACAUUUAAGACAAGCUGAUGUACAAUGGUCAUAUUUGAAUAAUAUUGAAGCAUCAAAUAGUAUAUUAAAAGAAGAUAUCGGUAAUAGAUAUUACUCGUGUAUUAAACAUAUUCUUUCCUAUUCAUUACAAUCAAUUAAUUCAGAAAGAACAAACUUAAUCGUACUAGUAUUUAAUCUAUUGAAUAUAUCCUAUCAAUCAGCUGAUAUUUAUCAUUUACAUCGUUAUCAAUUCGUUGAAACAAUUUUUACAUCAUGGAUUAGUUCAAUAAAAAAAUUUGAUGAUCUCGCAACUGGAUUGAAAAUGAAAUUUAUUGCAUAUAAUUGGUUUCGAUUAUUUGUUUUAAGAUUAUGUGAAAAUAUUCAAAUAGAAGAAGUCAAUGGUAUAACGAGUUCAUUAUUACAAGAACAACAAGAUUUUAUUUUCAAUAAAUUAAUAUUCAAUGAAUUAAAACAAUUGAAAAAAAUCUUUGAAACAACUACAGAAAAUCAAGAGCCUGAUUCUACGACAGAAAAAAAUGAUUCAUUAAAUCAUAUUGCUUUCAGUUGGUUCCUAACGAAAAAUGAUACAUCGAACAUAUCGAAUUUUCUAUCUUCGAAAUUAGAUAUUGACCUUUGCAUUAAUCAAUGGAUGGUACUUCUACUUCGAUGUAUUCAUAUGUAUCCAAAUGCUCUAUCUAUUUGUACGACAAUCGAUUAUAUUGAUGAAUUUUUAUCUAUUUAUCAUCGAAGUCAACAUAUAAGUAGUAUUUUACUUGCAUUGAAAAUAUUACGUUAUUUAAUUUCAUUUUCUUCGGAAACGACAAAUGAAAUAACAAAUAUAUGGAUAAAAAAUAUUUUAACAGAAAUUUUCAAUUCAAUUGAUGGAAAUUUUCGAAUACAACAAAUUAAAUCAGAUAUCAUUACUGAGUUAAUUAAUUUCUAUCGAACAAUUAUGUCAGUGAAAUCUGCUUGGCAAUCGAUGGCUACACUACUUGUUGUUGAGAACAUAACAUCGAGUUUUAAUGACUUGAAAUCGCUUGAUAAUAUUGAUGAAAAUCAAAUGAACAAUCUCGUUGCAUCAUUAUAUAUAUUAGGUGGAUAUAUUCAAUCGUAUGGCCUAGGUUCGAUCGUGAAAACCUAUGUUGAAGAUGAGAAUCUCAAUAAUUUAUAUUUGGCAUUGAUCACAGAAAUCAAAAUUGAUGUUCAAGAUUCGAACACAUCAGAAAAGUCAUCCUACUUUAUUCAAUAUUCUCAAUUAGAUAAGGCUGAAUGGAUUACGGUUGAUCAAUUAAAAUUAGAGAUUGAUGUUCCACCACCAAAUUUAUUCUCAUUACCUCAAGCCAAUGAAAUGGUUCAUUUAAUUCUUGACAAAUUGGGAUCUUUUAUACAAAUGGACACAUCUAGAACUGAUUCCAUAGUUUUAUUACAACUGAAACGUUGUAGUAUAGGUGCUUUGUAUCAUCUACUAAACGAUCGAAAACUGAUAGAAAUAUUUAUGCAAAAAUCUUAUGCAUCUGUUCUGGCAGAAUUGGCUAUUGCAAGUAUGCCAUCGAAAAAUCGACUAGCAUUACAUGAUCUACGAGAGUUCAAUAAAGAACAUUUAGAACAAUAUUGUUUAAGUCUCAAUAACUGCAAUCAUUUGAAAACAAUUGCGGACAAUGAUAAUGACAAAGAGAAUGUUUCUCAUGACAUCAAACAAAAUAAUAUUACUGAUACAUCAUCAUUUAUCAUUUGGAAUAAUGAUCCAAUUCAUCGUGAUCCACAGAUCGUUGAUGCAUUAUCUUUCAAUUCGUUGAAAUACAAUGGAUGGAAAGUGAAAGCAUCAGAAGCAGAAAUCGAACUGUACAAACAAGGUCGAAUAGGAAAUGAUGAAAUUGUUCUUGCUCCAAUGCCACAUAAUAUUGCUGAUACAGAAGUAUUUGAAGAAUGCGGUAAUACACAUCGAUUUCGAGGACGUAUCGAUACAAGUCAUGAUAGCAAACAUAAUGAGUUUGUGACUUUUAUUCUUAAUAAUUUACAAGUAAACAAAGGUAAAUGGUAUUUUUGUAUUAAAUUGCCACUCGGUGGAUUGGUUCAAGUGGGAUGGGCAACAGUUGGAUUCUCACCACAAGCCAGUAAUGGUCUUGGAAUCGGCGAUGAUUCCUAUUCAUGGUCGUACGAUGGAUCACGUCAUGUUCUCUUCCAUAAUGGUCGUUAUGAGUAUCCGACGGAUGAUAUUUCCUGGAAAGAAAACGAUGUGUGUGGUUGUGGAAUCGAAAUUGAUGAUGAAAAUACACGAAUCAAAUAUUGGUUAAAUGGAAAAUUCUUGGGCACAGCUUUUGCACAGGAGUCAUAUAUGGGAUCGACAACAGUGAAAUGUAACAUUAAGCCUAAUGGAUCGAAUACUGCCUAUUAUCCUGGAGUUUCUUUGCAAUCGUAUAGUUAUUGUUCGAAUUGUUGUGAAUUUAUACUUUGUCCAGAAGAUAUGACCGAGUGUCCAUUACCUGACGGUUACAAACCAUUACUGUUGCCAGAAUUAGUUAAUACGGAAAAUUCAAUUGUUGCUUAUCCUUUCAGUGCUUAUUUAAUUGGAGAUGAUAUUCAAAAUUAUUUUCACACAUCUCGACUAAGCAAUUCAAGAACUCGUUUACGUGACUUUGUCAACGAGCAUCAUCUAGAAACAGCGUUCAGUCUUGAUGAUCAUCAUUUAAUUUUAUCUGAAACUAGUAACGGUUUUCCAUUUCCUAUUGACAAUUUAGCAUCAUCACUCACAAUUAGCUUUGAUUUUAAACUUAUUACGUCAACUGAUAAUAGUUCGAACAACAACACUAAUAUUCAAUUAUUUACAUUGACUACAAUGGAAAUAUUUUCAGUAGAAAUACCAAAAUUAAGUGAAAUGAACGAAGAGACACAAAUAGCAAUCGUAUUUCAACCGAACGAACAACAAAUAAAACUCUAUAUGAACAAUAGAUGUCGAAUAUUCUAUGGAAGAUUUGAUCAUGAAAAUACGGUAAAACUGAUGUUACAUAUUUUGCCCAAUACUAGCGCUGGAAUUCGAAAUCUCGCAAUAUGGAAAUAUGCUUUAUCGAAUGAAGAUAUUCGUCGUCUAUUCACUUAUGGUUUAUUCUAUGUGGCUAUCGAUUAUCAGCAAUUGAAAGAAUAUCGCAGACAAGUGAAUAUGUUCACAUUUACCAAAAAUCAGCAAGCAUUUGUUGAUGAAUUACUUGUACCAUUUAAUCAACCAUUCGAAGAGAAUUUGUGGAAAACAAGAAAAAUACAAAUCGAUCACGAUGAAUCGAUCUAUUUCAAAUCCAUCGAUGAUACUGAUCGAUCUGUUGUUCAAUUUUUUGGCAACAAAACUUAUCUCACUCUAGAUAUAUCUACUACACAAUACUCUGAAUUGACACUUAUACUCGAUAUUUUUAUACCAAAUUUUCCAAAGAAUAACGAACAAUUAACAUUAGUGAUAUUGAAUUCACAACUAAGCAUUUGUCUAGCUCAUGAUGGUCGUCUUUUUCUUUCAUCGUACAAUCGAAUUUUACAGACGAGUACAUCAACAUAUAUUCUAAAUGAAUAUGUACGUUUUGUUAUUUCGAUUAAUGACAACUAUGCUAAAAUCUACAUGAAUAGUUCAUUAAUUAUUGAAUAUGAUAAAUUUACAACGGAAGCUAAUCCAAUUUAUCUGUUUAGAGAAAAUGAUUUGACGAAAAAUACAAUUAAUGACGAUACAUUACGAAUUGAAUGCAAAUUAAUUAGUUUUCUUAACCGAACUGUUCCAAUAGAUGAUCGAAUGAACUCAUCAGAAUGUUCAUUAGACUCGUUAAUUGCACCACCUCUAUCACUUAGUGUAUCAAGUUUAAGUGCCAUCGGAUACAAAGCAACAUGGAUUGAAUCGAUCAUAAAAUCAUCGAAAACAUUCAAUAUUCAAAUGUUCGAUACGUUGAUUCGUGAACAAAAAGAACAAUUAAUCCAGGUGGAUCUAAAACAUCGACGCGAUUAUUAUUUGAAUAUAUUGUCGAAAUUAGCUCCAUCAAUCGAUCAAAACAAAUUGGAAAAUUUGAUCAUGUCUAUUAAGCUUGAAAAUGAUGAUGAAUUGUUAGUAGCAGCUGAAUUGAUGUUUGCCUGUUGGAAUGAUUUACAAAGAUCAACAAUUUCAACUGAUGACAACAACGAAAAUGAAUCAGCGGAUAAUAAACAGUUUCAUCAAAUUGUACGUGGUUUAUGUACUCAAAAUAGUCUCAUCGAAUGGCUUCACGACAAAUCAACGAAUAAUGAAGAUGAUGAUCUCGCUACUCAACUUGUGGAUCUGAAUCAAUCCAUAUUAGAACGAUCGAUUGCAACUACAUCAAUUGAAAAAUCACAUAAGAUAGAACAGAAAUCAAUUCAAUAUUCACAUCAACAUAUUUCAUAUCAGCAAUAUUCAAAUUCACGAAUGGCAUGUGAACAUGGAUUAAUCUCGAUCUAUACCAGAGAGAUCAUCUUUAAUCUUCUCAAUAUUUGGUCGAAUAAUGGUCAAAAUUUAUUUCCAUUAGAAAAACUUGCUAAUUACCAAUCGAUUGUUACUUUACUGCGAUUGAUGGAUUAUCAUUACAGUUCCAUUAGUGAGCAAACAAAUGAAAAUAUUGAUAAAGUGAGUGUCAUAGCAAAGUCUAUUGUUAAAACUGAAAUCGAUGAAUUACAAAAGCACAUGAGAACAGUUAAUGAAAUGGAUAGUGAUUUAUUUCAAAGCAAAACUCCUUUUCUGAAUCAAUUGCAAAAGUAUCUCAUUGGUCAAUUAAUUCUUUGCUUAGCAACACCAUCGUUUCUAUCGAAGAAUUCUCAUGAGGAAACAUCUAAUAUCAACGAACAAAUCAUAAUGAAACAGCCAAAUGUGAGAUUUCUUCUCACAUUGAUUAAUAUAUUAGCAGAAUUAAUAGCAGAUAAAUCAACAAUGAAUCAACAGGAAAUCGAUCUAAUUAUUCCAUUCGUAUUUCCAGAAAUGUUAAUCAAUCUUCUAUUUGAUCUAUUUCUCAUAAAUUCAAUGUAUCAAACAGAAAUCGUUGUCCUUCGUUUAUUCACUACGUAA